GCCGCUGCCUCUUCAGUUUUCUAAUCUACUUUUUUGCAACGAGUAAAGCAAGUCCAAGUGCAGCGCUUGUGUAACACUUUCACUGAUUUUGGGAAUAGGAUUAGCUCGACAUAAAUGAGAGGAAACAUCUUUUCAAAUUGCUUGACUUGAAUUUGGAUUUGCAUGCCCACGAUCGGAUCUCCUUCUCCUUUUUCCGGUUUUGGUCGCAGAUAUCGCUAUUUCUGUCAGCAACGAAGAACUUCACCGAGCUCCUUCUUGUUUCCGAAAAUUUCUGCUACACCUUUACCGGCGUACAGGACUAGCGUGCCAUCCUGUGGGGAACUUCCUUUAAACCGCUUAUCGUUUUCCACCAGAACAACACCACAGGAGGAAAGAAUUACAGCUAAUCUACUUCCCACCACACUACUUCCUGCGCCGCAACCAGGAGACAACAUGCUGGAGGCCGGAGCAGUAGCUUCGUCUGCAGACUACAUAGGUGGAGAUGAAACUGGUCCGGAUAUACUUCAAGACAACCCCCUCGGAGUAGAGGAUGGUGAAGGGCAUUCCGAAGAUAAACUGAGGGGUUACACGUUUUUCAAGCAAAAUUGUCUCUACAAAGAGAUGGACAGCUACUUUUCUCGAAAAAAGCCGGGCGCUGCCACACGUACUAGUUGUACAGGCGCAGAGCCAAACGAGAAACCCGACUUGGCCGUGCCAACUUAUGAAUACAUAGCCGUGGUCGAUUUCGAGUGCAACUGCAUCCCGAACGGCAACCGAGACCCGGCCUGGGCAGAUCCGAAGUGGCAGAUUCCGGGCUUCGUAAACGAGGUGAUUGAGUUUCCAACGGUGGUACUGCGAAGGAAGCAGGUCGCUGCGACGAAAGCGCAGCAUGAGAACGAAGAUUGCGAGGAUGAUUAUAUCGUGUUUGAGCGCACAUCAACGACAUCGGAAUGUGGAGCAGAUUCAGCUGAAGUUUUAUCUCCGGAGGGAAAAACGCGAGACAUUUUGGAGCCCGUCGCGGAGUUUCACGAAUACGUCAGGCCCACCCGGUUUCCGGUGAUAACCCCCUUUUGCACGCAUCUGACCGGAAUCUCGCAAACGCAGGUCGACGCCGCGGACCCCUUUUUGCGAGUGGCCAACCGCUGGCUCGCGGAAUUCAUGCCCCGGUUUCCGAACUGCUUGCUCCUCACCUGCGGCGACUGGGAUUUCCGAUCCUGCCUCCCGUCACAGUUGGCCCUCGCGGCGGCAGGCCAGUUUCCGUCGAAAAACAGAGCGCGGAAGGUGAUCACACACUGGUGCAACGUGAAAGAAGCCUAUCGUACGGCCCUGCAGAAAAGUAGUGCACUGGCUCUGAUACCAGAAGACAAGUUCAUAUAAAUUUGUGUGGCUCUACUAUUUGCGUCAUUAGACAAGAGACAGCCUGCUGUCUUGCAGAAUGCAGUUUUUGAAUCUGAUGCGUCCAAAGUGCUAGCCUUCGGUUCGAGACUCGCAACAAAAAAGCCUGUCAUACUGAACGGCCGCAAUGACAAUGAGCUUAGCUUUUGAAAUUGCAAACCGCAGCACAUUUUUUCUUGUACGACUGCGGUGAGUGACUUUUCUGCAGCAUAUACCAGCUCGCGUCGGGGCGCAAGGCCAAGGGCAUGACAGAGCUGCUAGACCAACUGAAAUUGCCGCUCGUGGGGAAGUAUGCAUUGCAAAAGCAUCGCACUUGCUUGGUCUAAAUCGCAUGAUUGACAAGUUUUCCGAAGAAGAUGGAAAAAAAGACUUGUGUCGCGCUGCAGUUUAAAAGGAGGAUCUGUCAUGCCAGACACUAAGUGCGAGUGCGACAUUUUUGCAGACGACAGGGAGCACCACUCGGGGAUCGACGAUUGCCGCAAUUUGGCAAAAUGCUGCCAAAAAAUGAUUGAACUAUGCAAGAAAAAAACCGUGUUUGUGUAACUUUGCGUUGCGGGCAAUGUACCACAGCUGAACUUGUCAUGCUGGAUGUGCAUCUUCACAGGCUAGAUUUCACGUGCUUCUUGCGCGCAAUUUUUCUCUGCCAUUCGAAAGAACUGUGUGAUGUUGCUCAUCCAAAAAAGUUACACUGAUACACUUUUUCAUGGGAUAGAAACAAUUUGGCAAGGACUGUUUCUUCUGCACAUCCACGACAGACGACCGGGAAAAAUGAAACGACGACACUGGGGGCGCGGGCGCCACCAUGUUCAUCUUUCCUUUGAUGCGCAGCAUGCCGAUUCCGUUGCUGUUCAUCCCGUUUCAUGAGCCUGUUGUCGAAUCAAUUUGUAGAUGUGCCGCAAGUUUCAGUUUUGUUGAAUUUGAAGUCCGACUCAUGUUGAACCUUUCGAAAAUAAAACAAGUUGCCGAGCACGCACUGGCUUUACCGUGCUGCGCAAUUGGUGUUGCGGCGAAAGUGCCCGAAACGCUUACGUAAAUAAAC